AUGACAGAUCCUGAGCAGCAAGUAGGGGCUGCGGAGGAGGACGAAUAUGAGGGCGAGGGGAUGGAAGAGGAAGGCGCUGAGGAUGGAGAGGACGAGCUGGAAGACAUGCGCCGCAAGCUGGCUGAGAUGGAGGAGGAGGCGGCGCGGCUCAAGGAGCAGCAGGACAAAGCCCAAGCCCCCGCCGCGGCGGCGGGCGCGCCUGCAGCAGUGGGAGCAGCAGCAGCAGCGGCAGCGGCGGUCCCCGACGCGGAGCAGGUGGCCAAGGAGGAGGCGGACGGCCGCAGCGUGUAUGUGGGCAACGUUGACUACGCGGCCACCCCUGAGGAGCUGCAGCUGCACUUCCAGGGCUGCGGCACAGUCAACAGAGUCACGAUCCUCACAGACGCAGCCGGCAACCCCAAGGGCUUUGCCUACGUUGAGUUUCUGGAGGCUGACGCGGUGGACAAUGCGCUGCUGCUGGACGCCAGCGAGAUACGCGGCCGCGGCCUCAAGGUCCUGCGCAAGCGCACCAACGUGCCGGGUCUCAAGGCGCGCGGCCGCGGCCGCGGGCGGGGCCGCAGCGGCGGCGGCUACUUUGGCGCCCGGGGCGGCGGCGGCGCUUUCACGCCGCGAGGGCGGGGCGGGUACCGGGGUCGCGGCCGUGGCAGGGGGUACUCUCCUUACUAG